CCCACGUCCCGCCCGGCGAAGUCCGGCGCGCCGCGCUCGAGUGGCCGUUCCUCCGCCAACGGGUGGCGAGGGCCCGGGGAGUGCGGACGCCGGGCGCCGGCCAUGGCUCCCUGGGCGGGGGCCGAACUCUCAGCACUGAAUCCGCUGCGUGCCGUGUGGCUCACGCUGGCCGCGGCCUUCCUGCUGACCCUACUGCUGCAGCUCGUGCCGUCCGGCCUGCUUCCGGGCUGCGCGCUCUUCCAGGACCUGAUCCGCUAUGGAAAAACCAAGGAAGGGGGGCCGUCGCGCCCGGCCGCCUGUCGGGCCUUUGAUGUCCCCAAGAGGUAUUUUUCUCACUUCUAUAUCAUCUCAGUGCUGUGGAAUGGCUUCCUGCUUUGGAGCCUUACUCAGUCUCUGUUUGUGGGAGCACCUUUUCCAAACUGGCUUCAUCAUUUACUCAGAAUUCUUGGGGCUACGCAAUUCCGAGGGGAUGAGCUUGUGCUGUCUGCGUUCUUAGCGCUAGUGUUUCUGUGGCUGCACAGCCUACGAAGACUCUUCGAGUGCUUCUAUGUCAGUGUCUUCUCCAGUGCCGUGAUUCACGUCGUGCAGUACGGUUUUGGACUUGUCUACUAUGUCCUUGUUGGCCUGACUGUGUUGAGCCAAGUGCCAAUGGACGGCAGGAAUGUCUAUGUGGUAGGGAAAAAUCUCUUGAUGCAAGCUCGGUGGUUCCAUAUCCUCGGAAUGAUGAUGUUCAUCUGGUCAUCUGUCCAUCAGUAUAAGUGUCAUGUCAUUCUCGGCAAUCUCAGGAAAAAUAAAGCAGGAGUGGUCAUUCACUGUAACCACCGAAUCCCUUUUGGAGACUGGUUUGAAUAUGUUUCUUCCCCUAACUACUUGGCAGAGCUGAUGAUCUACAUUUCCAUGGCUGUCACCUUUGGUUUCCACAACUUAACUUGGUGGCUCGUGGUAACAUAUGUCUUCUUCAGCCAGGCCCUGUCUGCUUUCCUCAGCCACAAAUUCUACAAAAGCAAAUUCGUCUCCUACCCGAAGCACAGGAAAGCUUUCCUACCAUUUCUAUUUUAAGAUAAUCUCAGUUAUGAGGAAUGCACACCAGGUGACAGUUUCAAUUCCUAAGGACAACGAAGUCUAGAGACCAAAGUACAAUUUCUGUAGAACUGUUUGAAACUCUCUGGUCCAUUUCUGUUACCUGAAGUCUUCACUGCAUGAGCAAAGCAAUACCACUCAAGAAAAUGAGUCUUGGGACUUCCCUGGCAGUCCAAUGGUUAAGGCUCCGCACUUCCACUGCAGGGGGCAUGGGUUCGAUCCCUGGUUGGGGAACUAAGAUCUCACUUGCUGCUCAGCGUGGCAAAAUAAAUAAAAUUUUUUUAAACAGUGGAAGAAAUUGAGUCUUCAGAGAAGAAAUACUUCUGGCAGACCUGGGAGUGCUAUGUCUGCUUUCUGAGAUGCUUUAUAAAAGCAACCAAGUGCUAAAAAGUA